AUGUCUCAUCCAAUUCCCAAAAUGGUGCAAAUCAGAGUAUUUUCUGGUGAUUUUAGGUGCCUUGACAAAGCUGAGGUAAUUACAGCUAUUGAGAACAAAAAUGGGAACUUCUUCAAUCCAUGGAGGCUUUGCACCGUAACGCAGGUGGAUGAGCUAAAAAUAUUGAUUCUCAUGUUUCCAAUUUGGGCUACUGGAAUCAUCAUAUGUGCUGUUUAUGCACAAUUGGGUACAUUGUUUGUUGAGCAAGGGAUGAUGAUGGACAGGACCAUUGGUUCCUUCUCCAUUCCUGCAGCCUCUCUUUCAGCAUGUGACAUUAUAAGCGUUAUUUUCUGGUUCCUUGUUUACGAUAGGGUCAUCGUCCCUAUUGCGAGGAAGUUUACUGGCAGAGAGAAAGGCUUUACAGAGUUGCAACGCACGGGAAUCGGCCUCUUUAUUUCAGUACUAUGUAUGGUAUCUGCUGCUUUGGUGGAGAUGAAGAGAUUGGCACUUGCACAAGCCCUUGGUUUGGUUGAUGAAAAUGUUCCAAUACCACUUAGUAUCACGUGGCAAAUAACCCAAUAUUUUUUGUUUGGUGCUGCAAAAGUAUUUACAUUCAUCGAGCAGCUUGAGUUCUUUUACAAGCAGUCAGUGAAUGCGUAG